GCUCAAUGUUCCGCGUCUGCCGGCUGCCGAUGCCAUUGCAGCUGGGCAAUAUAUCGGCUGAGCUCCAUUUUCGUCAGAUUUUUCCUCCGAACCCACGGCCAAAGGAACGAUUCGCGAUUUGGCUACCAUAGCGGAGCGUCACGAAAAGUAUCACUUGCUCUGAUCAUACGACGGAGCCUUUCUGCGAACCUUUGGGCUAAUUGUGCCUGCGCCUCUCCCCCCCCGGAAGCAUAUCGGAGAAGGUCGCCCAUCCACGCGGAGUUUACGGCGAUUCGGGCUCAGCAAGUCGUGACAAGCUCCCAACACUAACUCUACCUCCAGUCAAGGUUUAUCGGAAUCGGCGCGUCCCCAUCUCGGCCAUUUUCUGCUAUCCUCAACUCGAUUCGACAGCCCACUCACUCGAGGAACACAUUCUUUAUUGGAACCCGGUGGCCUGGCUCUACCAAACAUCAACAUGAUGCGACCGGCUUUCCAAAUGGCGACGAUCCCCCGCCGAGCGAUACCGGCAUCGAGGCAGAGUGUAUGGGAAGCAGCGUGGAAGAAGCAACCUACUGCGGCGAGGAGAGCGCUCAAGACAGCAAGCCAGCGAACGUCGCGAUGGUCUCAAACCUACACUUCGAACUGGAUUGCCUCUCGUCUGGAAACUAUGUUUUCCUCGUCGCGCCGGACAUUUCGGUUCUCCGCCCGGCAGAGAAACGCAAAGGACGCCACGGCACAGGAGUCGCUUUCGCUGAGUCAAAGGCUAAAGAAACUUUCGAGGGAAUAUGGCUGGUCAGCUGUGGGCGUAUACCUGGCCUUGAGCGUUCUUGACUUCCCGUUUUGCUUCUUGCUUGUCAGGAUAGUCGGCACGGACAGGAUUGGACGACUUGAGCAUUGGAUCGUCUCUAAUGUCAAGAAAGUGAUCCCUGAUUCGGUCCAGAAUCGGUGGUCCGAAUACCGGGCUGCACUGAGCAAGGCUGAAACCGAGCAGCUGGGAAGCGAUGAUAUCAGCGAGGCCGUCGAAAUGGCGGGUUGGGGGGUUGAGGAGGCGGAACGGCGCAACAAAGCAGAAGCCAGCCUGGGAACUCAGCUGGCGUUGGCCUACGCAAUCCACAAAAGUUUCAUUUUCCUUCGAGUGCCUCUGACCGCAGCGGUGACACCAAAGGUUGUAAAGGUGCUUAGGUCUUGGGGGUGGCAGAUCGGCAAACGGCGGAGUAAGUGAGCCGCGAUACGGAGACUUCACCGCGUUGCCCAGCCUCCACCUGGUCGACGGGGUCGGGAGUCCCUAAAAUGCCGGGCUCGCCUUGCUGUCGGGAUUGGCGAACGACUCGGUCCUGUAUUUUUAUUGACAUUUUAUAGACGAGUAAAGAUCCACUCACCCAUAGACCAACAUGGUCAUGAACACUA